AUGCGCGCUCCGCAAGACUUCAAAGAGUUAAGGUCACUACUUGGCUUACUUUCGUUUCACAGACGGUUCGUACCCGCGUUCUCCGACGAGGUACAACCCCUACAAGAACUGAUGAAUGCACACAAGACCCUACCUUUCAUAUGGGAGGACCACCAUGAGGCGGCAUUCCAGGAACUAAAGAACCUCGUAGUAGGCGCUGAACCCCUGCAACCACUAAGACCGGAAGGCCAGUUGGUUCUCAACACCGACGCUAGCGGGUACGCUAUCGGCGGCGUGUUGUGUCAGGUCGUGGAUGGUGAAGUAAGCGUCAUAGAGUACGGCAGCAAGAAGCUCACCAACCACCAAGUCAACUGGGACACGCGCGAACGAGAGCUGUGGGCAGUAAAAUACUUUGUCCAGAAGUGGGAUGGCUACAUCAGACUCAGGCGGACACUGGUCCUUACGGAUCAUCGCAACCUAUCCUUCUUGGCGAAAGCCGAUAACGGUAAGGUAGGCAGAUGGGCGCUAUUCCUCCAGCAGUACGACCUAAUGUUCUCUUACAUCCCAGGAGAGUCUAACAUGGUCGCUGACGCGCUCAGUCGACUGACCGACGGUGACCCGGACGGAGACUCCGACCUUGACAAGAUGGGCCUCAGGUGCUUCUGCAUCCAGAAGCUCGACCAUACCGCACUGGAUUGUCCAGGUCCCAAGGACUUCAUGCGAGAGUUCAACCCGUCCCUCGACAGCGAGGACCAACUAAUCACACGAGACGAUGGUCUUAAACUACACGCACGCACGGGUAGGACCUACGUACCCACCACACUGAGGUCUAAAGUCCUCGCAUGGUAUCACCUAGGUGCAAUUGGCGGACACAUGGGCGUCACCAAAACGAUUCGCAGGAUCACUGCUCUAUUCUGGUGGCCAGGUCUAGCCAAAGACGUCAGAGACUUCGUCAAAGGUUGCUUCGUAUGCACGCGAUACCUGCCAACAAAAACACUCAACAGAAAGACGGUAGGAACGUCAGCAAUGGCGUCAUUUCUCGACAGAGUCAGCCUAGACCUGAUCGGACCACGCAUGUUCAAAGGCAACACCCACUACAUACUUGUGAUUAUAGAUACAGCAACACGGUUCCUAGUAACCCGAGUGAUCCAAAGCAAAGAAGCGCAGGUGAUAACUGACGCCUUUGCACAAGGGUUCGUUGCGUACUUCGGUGUGCCGCGGCAGGUCUACGUAGACAACGGCAGUGAGUUCGAAGGCGCGUUUGCAGCGUUCAUAACAAAAGUAUUACGGGUGGAUAUCGUAAAGUCACCACCAUACGUGCCAAGGAGCAACGGCAUAAACGAAAGCA